CUUCCAUGUGCUUCCAUGUGCUGUGUCUUUCUCGCUCUGCCCCACCACCACCUCUUCUUUCUUCACAUAAAUAGGCUUCAUGCAAGUUCUCCUCCUUCUCAUUCCUCUCUUUAACUGGUUUCUAGUCAACAAAAGCAAGAAUGCAGAAGUCAUUGUCAUCAUCAUUAAUGGUGAAGCAAGAAUUCUUCACCAAAUGGAAAAAGGGACUGAAAAUAUACAGCGCCUUCAACAAGGAGAUGACGAUCAUGGAAAGGAAGAGGGCGAUCAAGCUCUCCGCUGACGUGGCGAUAGCCGCCACCCGAAGCUCCACCACGCAGUGGAGCAGGGCCGUCGUGGCCGACGUCUCUUCUUUCGCCGCCGGCGCCGCAAGAAUCGCGGCGGAGGAGAUCCUGGGGCGGAAACUGUCGACGGAGAGGAGGACGGCCCUCUCCAGCAAGAAGAUCAUGAGGAGGAGGAGGCGCAAGGCAGCGGCGCGGGGAGCUGUGAGUUCCAGCGCCGCCGCGGUUGCAAAGAAAGUGGCUUGGAAUCGGAGGCGCGUGCUUAAAAGGCUGAUACCUGGUUGGAAGAAAUUGGAUGAGAUUUCUUUGAUUAAAGAAACCCUAGAUUAUAUUGCUUCUUUGCAAGUGCAGGUUGAUGUAAUGAGACAUCUUGCAAAUGCUGCUGAGACCUUGCAUCAUCAACAAAUCUUGUUCUAAUAAUAAUAAAAUAUAUAGUACUGUUUGUUAUCUAUUUCCAGUUUCUUGUUUUUUUAGAAUAGAUUAUGACGAAGAAAAGAUCAUGUAACUCUUUGGAAAGAGAGCAAUAUUUAGUUUAUAGAAUUAAGUUCAGAA